AUGUCACUAUAUAGCAUAUCUACUGCUGAAUGGUCAAUUAUUGGCUCAUACGGUGUUGGUUUAUUUCAAACAUGUGGUACUUCUCAAUGUAUAAAAAAUCAAUAUGAAAGCAUAAAUAAUGAGACAUAUUCACCACCGAUAUUUGUUAAACGAUUUUUUAAUGCCGCUCCAUUGGCUAUUGUCGGUGUAUUUAUUCAAUUAGUUGCUUGUUUUUUCUGUUUAUUUACUGCGUUUAUUUCUUUACCAUCAAAAUCUUCAAUAACAUGUUAUAUUACUCCAUUAUUAAUAUUUAUUGCUUUUCUUUUUCAAUUAAGUACAAUAGUCGAAGCUUCACAUGGAAUUCAUUUAAAUGGACGAAGUUCGAUGGUAUUUGAAGCGGCACUUGUACUUCAAGUUGUUGCUAUUGUACUAGCUAUUAUGGCAGCUGAUCGAAUUCAUAUAAUAACCAAUGUUCAAUGCGUCUAA